GGCGCGCGGGCGGCGCGUGGGGACCGCCGGGAGCGGGGCGGACGCUCGCGUUCCUCCUUCUCUCCCCGCCUCCGCAUCGCGGCGCGCUCGGGCUCCGGAGCCGUCAUGGGCGCCGGCGCGUGGGCAUCGUCGCCCCUGCUGGUGCGCGUGUCUCUCCUGCUGCUGAUUCUGCCGCUCCCGGGGCUGCCUGCAGGCUCCUGGGACCCGGCCGGUUACCUGCUCUACUGCCCAUGCAUGGGGCGCUUCGGGAACCAGGCUGAUCACUUCUUGGGCUCCCUGGCUUUUGCAAAGCUGUUGAACCGCACCUUGGCUGUACCCCCUUGGAUUGAGUACCAGCAUCACAGGCCUCCCUUCACCAAUCUCCAUGUGUCCUACCAGAAGUACUUCAAGCUGGAGCCCCUCCAGGCUUACCAUCGCAUUAUCAGCCUGGAGGACUUCAUGGAAAAGCUGGCACCCACUCACUGGCCCCCUGAGAGGCGGGUGGCAUACUGCUUUGAGGUGGCAGCCCAGCGAAGCCCCGAUAAGAAGACAUGCCCCAUGAAGGAAGGAAAUCCCUUUGGCCCAUUUUGGGAUCAGUUUCAUGUGAGUUUCAACAAGUCUGAGCUUUUUUCUGGCAUUUCCUUCAGUGCCUCCUACAAAGACCAGUGGAUCCAGAGAUUUUCUGCAAAGGAACAUCCAGUGCUGGCCCUGCCAGGAGCCCCGGCCCAGUUCCCUGUCCUGGAGGAGCACAGGCCACUCCAGAAGUACAUGGUGUGGUCAGACGAGAUGGUGAGGACAGGAGAGGCCCACAUCCGCACCCACCUCGUCCGACCCUACGUGGGCAUUCAUCUGCGCAUUGGCUCUGACUGGAAGAAUGCCUGCGCCAUGCUGAAGGACGGGACUGCAGGCUCGCAUUUCAUGGCCUCCCCACAGUGUGUGGGCUAUAGCCGCAGCACGGCUGCCCCUCUCACCGUGACCAUGUGCCUCCCUGACCUGAAGGAAAUCAGACGGGCUGUGAAGCUCUGGGUGGACACGCUGAACGCCCAGUCAGUCUACAUCGCCACAGAUUCCGAGAGUUACGUGCCCGAGAUCCAAGAGCUCUUUAAAGAGAAGGUUAAAGUGGUGAGCCUGAAGCCUGAAGUGGCCCAGAUCGACCUGUACAUCCUUGGCCAAGCUGACCACUUUAUUGGCAACUGUGUUUCCUCCUUCACUGCCUUUGUGAAGCGGGAACGGGACCUCCAGGGGAAGCCGUCUUCUUUCUUCGGCAUGGACAAGCCGCCUCAGCUGCGGGAUGAGUUCUGAUCCUGGCUGGAGCACAUAACCGGUCUGAGCUGGUCCCACUUGCCAGGCCUCACAGCCAGCAGUGCUGCCAGCACUGAUUCCCAAGAUUACAAGCUCUUCUCUCCUGCCAGAGACAGAAAAGCACCCGGGACUUCUGGAGGAGGACUCCAUCUCCCAGGGUACAGGACUUUGAGGCGUCUGGAGCCGGAGCAUCUCUACUCCGUGUGUGCCUCCUGCUGUUUCUCCUGGGAAUUUCGCACACUGGCAAAGCAGUCCAACCUCUGUCUUUUGGUCUGCCCUGCUCUGAGCAGCCUGGGGGGGCUAAUCUCUUCAGUGAUUUUUUUAUAGAGAGAGCAACAGAGAUUAUUAUAGUUUUAAUAUGAGAUCAUGAUUACCCAAGAACUCUCCCUCAUUUUUAAAAAUCAGUGAAGUUCAUUAAUGUAGAUACCUAAAGUGACCUUGAAUGAGGAUGAGGCCAGGGGUGGAGUGGUUGUAUUGACCCUUUUUCCAGAUGACCCAAAGUAGCCCUUAGACCAGGCCAGAGCCACCCCUACUGCCUGGCCAGAGCCAUUGUCAACCCAUCUUCCGAGGCCAUUUCCAGGGUUUUGGGGGCAUGAGCGUGUAUCUCCAUUGUGAACACUAUGCAAAUGGAAGUUAUUGAUCAGGCUGCUGUGCAGUGCUGUGCAGACACAGUGCUGCUCACACACCACAUUCCAAGCAAGGAGCAAGGGCCAUUGAGUCAGACCAUCGUGGUGUUGCUGUCAGAGUCUCCUCGUGAUUGGCACCUGCCACAAACCUGGCUCCAUCGAGAUCUUGGCGCACCCAGGGGCCAGGGCUGGUUGGCCUGGCUGGAUGGCCUGGCAGCAUCCUUCCGAAGCCUGCCUCUCCCCUUUCAUCUGUCUCCCACAGGGCCUGGUUGUAGAAUUUUGCCAUUAAGUUGCUAUCCAAGACCUGUCCAUUGAGCCUCCCUCCUGGUUCUGGAGCCCUCAGGCUGUAUUCUCACCAGGGCCUGUUGGCUAAGCCUCUGACCAGGUGGGAGAUGCCCCUGACCCAGAAGCCAUCAGAUUCCCAGUCUUCCCCUUCCCGUCCAGGGGAAUCUCUGAAGCCAUCAGAUUCCCAGUCUUCCCCUUCCCAUCCAGGGGAAUCUCUGCCAACCCCAUGAGGCUUAAGGUAUUAAGUUGUGAGUUUCUCUGUUUCUCAGGUGCUGGAGUUGUGAUAAUCUGUGACUCCCAAGACUGUGUGCUGUUUUGGCCUUGUGGUUCUAAAAUUCACGUCUAACACCUGCUGGUCUCUUCCCCACCACGUGACUUUUCUUAGCCUUCAAUCCUAGAAAGGUGGAGGAAACUGAUGCGAGCCAGGCCCAGAGGUCCAUGCAGGGCCUCCCCCUCGGGUUCCCUUUGGGAAAAAACACUGUCUCCGUCAAGGCAGAGUAGGCUAGAGGUAGCAGAGCAACAAGGAUCUCAAACACUAAAGGUGGCAUUUGCUGCUCAGAGCUGCUGCCCAACUGGAAAUGGAGAAACUAGAGAAAGGGCUUUUGUGUUUUUGUGCUCUAAAUCCUGGGUGGACUCAGAGAGAUGGCUUGUCUGUCCAGACUUGUUUGCAGGCUUCAUUCAGAGGUGCGGCAGCCUAUGCACCCCCGCCUCCGUGGGGUCGUUGGGAAGGUCUGGCUCACUGGCUGAUUUUGUUUGCUGAAUUUAUUUGCCCAUCACAGUUUCACACUAGGCACACAGUUUAGAAUCUGGGGGCUCUAGUGGGCUGUCCAGACCACUUUCGUUAGCACUGGCAGUGAUAACAGGUGUAUUUCUGAGCAAGAGGGUUCAGUGGUGUAGUCAGAUUCAGUUGUGUCCAUAGGCGAGCACUUUGACCCAGGUGCCUCACCUAUAAAAAUGGUGAUAAACCCGACAGGGUAUUUGAAAGGCUCCCAUCAGAUAAAGCAGGCAUAAGAGCACUUUGUAAACUGGAAAGAGCCAAAGGCACGUAUAUGACUGGUGAUUAAUUUGAGGGUCUCUUGUCGCACACCUACUCUGUGCCAGGCACUGUGCUUGUUAAAUGCUUUAUGGAAAUUGAGUCCCAACUCCAGCCCUCGGGAGUGGAAGCUGUUACUAUCCUUCUCCUUCUGCGCAAGGAAAAACUAACACUCAGAAAAUUCUCAUCAUUUUCUCAAGGCUACAUAGCUGGUGGUGUUAUGCCGGCAUCUGCCCUUCCAAAGCCAUGACCGUUAGCUACACAUUCUACCACCUCACAGGAUGCACUUUACUGUGUGUGUGUGUGUGUGUGUGUGUGUGCGCGCGCGCGCGCACUGGGCUCCUGCUGUCUAUGGGUUUGUCAUUGCCAGGAGGUCUUGGGGAAGGAGAGAUCCUGCCAGGAAAGAAAGCCCACAUGAAGCUUACAGUUCUUCUGAGUAGUUAUUUAGUCCACCAUUCUUUGAUUCAAAUGACCUACUAUGUGCCAGGCACUGUGCUAGGUACAAGGAUUCAGCAGAGAAUCAGAGCACCUUUGUUCUCAAGGGAUUUGCAUUGUAUUAAGUAUAUGACACAAUGAACAAAAGUAUCAGGCAGGGUACUGAGUAACUGCUAUGGAGAAAAAUAAAGGGUAUGAGUUGAGAGAGGGAGCAGUGCUGGUUUGGAUGAGGAGUUCACGUUAGGCCUCUCUGAAGAGCCAGCAGGAGGAAGGAGGGGACCACUUAUUCAGGUACCUGGAGGCAGCACAUUCCAGGCAGAGAAAACAGCAGGUGCAAAGGUCCUGAAGUUGGAGUGUGUGAGUGAGUGAGUGAGUGAAUGAAGCAUGGCAAGGAAGCCAAUGUGGUUGGAGUAGUCAGAGUAAGGCAGGGAACAGAGCAGUAGAUCAGAGCAGGCAAGGUCCUAUAUCUUGGAGGGCAGUGAUAAAGUCAAGAUGUAUUUGGAGAAAUGGGAAGCCUUUGCAGGAUUCUGAAUGGAAAAGGGUCAUGAUCUGUUUAUAGUUUGAAGGACACCCCCUCCCCUCAGCUGUCACAUGGUAAAAAGAUGGGAGGGGUAGAAGCAAGGAUGCAGGCCAGAUCAUGGGGCUCACACGAAGGUCAUUGCGUUGAAGAUAGUAGAAAGUGGGCUGAUUCUGGAUAUAUAAAAUUAUUUUUAAAGUUCAAACUUUUUUAUUUUUUUAAGAUUUUAUUUUUAAGUAAUCUCUACACCCAACGUGGGGCUCAAACUUACAGCCCCAAGAUCAAGAGUCGGAUGUUCUGACUGAGCCAGCCAGGCACCCCAUUAAAUUACAAUCUUUUUAAAAUAUAGGCGUCUUUGUAUAGUUUUAAUCAUGCAGCAUAAACAGUUUAAUGUCUUGUUUUUUACUUAAUAGUAUGUCACAUUUUCCAUGUUGGUAUAUGGCCUGAAUAAAUAUUUUUAAUGACGAGA